AUGCCCGAUACUUUAUCUCUUGACUUCAAGAGCUCUGCAUUACUUAUUGCGUUAGUUCUGGUUCCCGUCGUCAUCUUAUUCUGUGCCGUCGCCAUCGCCCUUGCCUGUUCUGAGUACUGCAGCGGCCGCUUCAGAAGCUUCUCGUGCUUCUCGUGCGUCUCGUGCCAGAAACGCUUCCGCAGGAAGAAGCGCCUCCACUCUGACCUCGAGAGUGGCAACGGUCAAGGCACCGAGUCCUCUGAGUCGCCGCUGGAGUACGAGCAGCCUGUUCGAAGUCGAUCACAAUUCUAG